AUAGGUUAGGUUUGUUGUUAUUGUGUACUUUACAAUAAAAUAUGAAUGUGUAAAUUAUGUAAAUAAUGUUGUUUAGAUAGGGCUAAAAAUCAAUCGUUAUACCAAAUCACUCAAGACGUUUAUUUCACUAAUACGAAUGCAUUAUGGUAGUCAAACUUUAUACGGCGGAACUAAGCCCGCCAGUUCGCGCCACUAUGAUGGCGUGCGCCAUAUUCAAUGUGCCGUACGAGAAUGUUGAAGUUAAUCUUAUAGAAAAGGAACAGAUGCAACCAGCGUUUUUAGAAAAAAAUCCUCUACAAACGGUUCCUGUUCUUGAAGAUGGUGACUUCAUACUGCAUGAUAGUCAAGCUAUAUUAAUGUACCUGGCUGAUACGUAUGGAACUGACGACUCAUGGUAUCCGAAAGACACCAAACAAAGGGCUUUGGUGAAUCAGAAACUAUUCUUCAAUACUGCUGUUUUGUUUCCUAAAUUGAAAAAUAUAACGUACGCUUUAGUGACUGAAAGAAAACAAACCCAGUCGAAAAAAUGGCUGGACAACAUUGAAGAAGGCUAUGGAUUCGUGGAAAUAUUUCUUAGCAAAACAGCUUAUAUCGCCACUGAUAACAUCACGAUAGCAGACCUGUCAACGUAUAGUAAUAUGUCAUGUUUAGCUUACGUUGUUCCAGUGGACGAAAAUAAGUAUCCAAAAACGGUUCAAUGGUGCACAGAUAUGGAGAAUCAGCCUUUCUGCAAAGAGCACAACAAUCCUGCAGCAGCUAUGUUUGGAGACUUACUGAAAGAAUGUCGAACUCGAACUCACUAGUGUAACUGUAGGAAUACAUAGACAGCCUAUUUAAUAGAAUCGUAAAAGAUCACUGUUAAAUAUUGUAGUUUUUAUUUGAAGCUGAAAAGCUCCAAGUUAACAUUAUAUCUUUAGAUCUUUCUCCCCGUUCCACCUGGAUUCCGAGAAAAUUUCGUUGAGUAUCCAGAUAAAAUAUAGUAUACCUACACUAACGCAUAAUGGAGCCUUCCUGAGCUGAAAGAUAUUUAAAAUUGGACUCGAAGUUUUCAAGUUUAUUCGUUCGAAAUAUUCAAAAACGCAAAAAAGAUAAUAAUUUCCUAUUUAAAAUAUAUUAGAAUAAAAACAGAAACAAUACGCACGACCAACGAGCGUCAACAAACAUACGCGAAUGAUAACCAUGUAUAUUCGGAACAGUUUCAUCGCCGCCGUUGCACCAACGAGAUUGGAUUGAAGUGGCCCCGUGCCAGUAUACGCAGAUACACACCCUACAGCAU